AUGACAGCUCAAGAUAAGAUGCGUUCGUUAAAGAAAAGAAAAAUUUAUGGCUUGGUUGAAGAGCGUGACACUAUUGAGGGAUAUCAAAUAAUAAAUCGUAUCCAUGAAGGAGUGUAAUUAAUAUAUUAUUUUAAAAAUUAGUUAUAGUGAAGUAUUUAGAGCACCAGAUAUGUUAACAGGAGAAAUAGUAGCAAUCAUAAAGAUCAAAUUCAGUCAACUAAUCAAUAAAGAAAGAUUUCCAAUAACAUCUAUUAGAAAAUUCAAUUUAUUAUUAUCCCUUAAUCAUGCUAACAUUGUUAAGGUCAAAUGA